UCUUUGCUAAAACUAGAGUUCCGUACCAUCCUGUUGAUCUGACACUCCUCGUGCUUUUAGGAUUGUUUUUACGUAAUGUGUUCUUCUAAUGAGCUCUAGGAUAUUGUUUCUAUAAUGUGGAUUGAUGAAGAAGAUAGUUAUAUGGUGGUCACAUUUCUCAUUGUUACGAGGGGGUCAGUUAGGUAUUUCCUACCUCCAGAGAUAAGAUGAGCUGAAUUGAAAAGAUAGUUGUUGUAGCCAACUUGUAGGGACAUAAAGAGAGAUGGCUCCUGCCCUGCUCUUGUUGAGACCAGUUUGCGGAGAUGAUCCUGCCCAUUGCAAACUGUGGGAAGGUUUAACUUUAAGAUUGGAAAGAUCCACUGCCAACUGCAUUUUGUUUGAAGUGCUGGCGACUGUUUUUGUCUAUCGAGUCUCUGGUCUGUAGGGAAGAUUCCUUAUGGCAUCAACAUGAUAGAGGUGUUUGAUAGCAGUGGACAGUGGUCCUAUUGGAGGUGUUCUUGCGGUGGUUUAGGAAAUUUGUUCCGAUGUUCACUGUGAUGAUAACAAAAGAAACAGUAGCCCCGGGGAAAGUGAACCACUCUCAUAACGAGUUCCAAAGGCUACGUAGAUCGAUUGGUUAAUUUUUUCCUUUCCCAACUUGUCUGUUACGUUAUUUGAUGUGCGGUGCUUCACUGCAUCUGCAGACAGUGAUGACACCUGCCGAUUGGCUGAUUGCUUUUUAUUCCCCAUUGUAAAGACGGGUUGCUUACUACUAGGAAACCAAGACAUGAUCUUUCCGUUGUCUUUAUUGAGUUACCAUUGUGAUUGUCAGGUUUUAGCAGGGAGUGUUGUUUUUGUUUUCCUGGCUGCUGGAUAAAUGUUUCCUAACCGUCGUCGUCGGCCGUUUUCUGGCAGGCGCUUCUGAACCGUGUAGGAUACACGCCGGAGAUCAACCACAGGGUGCUGGUGGAAUUAGGAGAGCGCAGAAAGGAGCUCGAGAAGGAGACCAAACCCAUCUUGGAUACACUGAGGAGUUACCAGGACUUGCCCGCGGUAAAACCAAAAAAGAAAAAAAAAAAACAAUCAGUGCAGACGUUUGGAUCCAUUUACUGCCGUGGUGUAAAAAAAUCUGAUCUUUGAGACAAAUUGCAGGACAAAGCUCUGGCGGCACUGGCGAUCGAGGAGAAGAAAAGACAGUACGCAGCCGGCGAGAAGUAUCUUGCAGACCUUGUCCAGGCCCUGGCAAUGCAACCCUGAAACGUACCUUUACAGAGAAGCUUCUUUUGUAGUUACUCUCUCACUGGCUUCUUAUUGGUUGUGGAAGUCGCCGGCGAGAACCAGAGAAUGGGAUAAUGCAGAAGUCACAUGGCUGUCGUGGUUGCUGAUGAGGUGGACGGGCUGUGGAUUGAAUCGAGGCUGAGGUGGAUUCCACGUCAAGUGAAGCCAGUGGACACGUGGCGUGAAAGCAGGAACGUUACGUAAUACUUUGUCAGAGAGGCUACAAACUCACCGGCCCAAGCAGACGGCUCCCACCCACACGGUCCAGUCCAGGCCCAAUAUCCCAUCUCAAUCCCUCUCUGUUUUUUUUUUUUUUUUGGUCUAAGCCAACAAAAAGCGGUUGGCUGGCUUUUGCCGGCGAGAAGAGUACACGUAAAACAUAAACCUUUUUAUCAUAUCCUUUGCUUUCCUUUCUAGCUAGGCUUUCUCAGGAACACAAAGCAAACCCCUGAAAGAAAAGAAAAAAAAAAGCACUCAACGGAAGAAGGAAAAAGAAAGGGUAGACAUGGCGUCGAGUAGCGGCGGCGGGAUGUCGAGGGAGACGCAGAUGUCGAUCGAGGCGUCGUCGAUGUUCCCCGGGUUCAGAUUCUCGCCGACGGACGCCGAGCUCAUCUCUUACUACCUGAGGAAGAAGGUCGACGGCGACGAGAAAUGCGUGGAGGUGAUUCCUCAGGUGGAGAUCUGUCGGCACGAGCCAUGGGACUUGCCAGCCAAAUCGAUAGUCCAAUCGGAGACGGAGUGGUUCUUCUUCUCGUCUCGAGGCCGGAAGUAUCCCAAUGGCUCCCAGAGCAAGAGGGCGACGCAGCUCGGCUACUGGAAAGCCACCGGCAAGGAGCGCAGCGUCCGAUCGGGCUCCGCCGUCAUCGGCACAAAGCGCACCCUCGUCUUCCACAUCGGCCGCGCCCCCAGAGGCGAGCGCACCGAGUGGAUCAUGCACGAGUACUGCACGUACUCCGGCGCCCAUAAUUUGCAGGAUUCUCUGGUCGUGUGCCGACUGAGGAAGAACAUGGAUUUCAGGGGACAUCACGGUAUCUGCGACGGCGUGAUCUCCGGCAACAACAACAACAACAAUGGGAAUGGAACCGCCAUGGAGAAUAAUGGGGCGGAGAGCUCGAAGAAGACUACGGACAGCAGCUCCGACUCCUACUCGAUCGAGCAGCCCGGCGGCGGCGGUGCCGAGUCCUCGAGCCGUAUGGCUCGCCACGAUCCGUUCGAGCUGAAAAUGCUGGAGGAAUCGUGCAGGGGGGUCGGGUUCUCGAAGAACCACGUGGACGAUUUCUACGCCGACAUUCUCAAGGACGACAUCGUCAGCCUCGACGACGACGGGCUAGCUGCUCCGGCGGUGUCGGUUUCUGCAGCUGCCACAAUGCAGGGGUUCGCGCCGCUGUGGGUUGUGCAGCAGCAGCAGCAGCAGGGGACGGCGAACCGGAGGGUGAAGCUGGAGAGCCGGAGAAGGGUUGGGAAUGUGGCUGCUGCGGUGAGAGAAUUAGAGGAAGAAGCGAAAGAGAAUGAAAGGGAAGACGAAGAGAAAAAGAGGGAGAAGAAGAAGGUGCCGAGCUGCGCGGUUGGGCUGGUGAUGUUCGUGAAGAAGAAGCGCGGGAAAGGUGUGGCGACGCUGUUCGUGGCGACGGUGCUGGUUGUGGCUGUGUUGCUGACGUUGUUCGGGUCUCUGUUUGGGCAUGAUAAGGUUUCGGGGAAGAUCAGGAAGGUUGCCCAUCUGCCGUCGUUGUCCUUCAGGUCAGGUACCUGAAAGCAGCUACUGCAACAAUGGCGACGAUGGUGUAAAUAGCAGGUCGGGUUGUGAAGGGUAGAAGGUGUUACCGUCUUUAGUAUUGUGUAUGUAUGGCUUUUUUUUUUGUCUGUCCGUUUAUAGAGGAUGGUUGAGAGGUCUACGUCAUUUCUAGUUGCGUUUUAUAGUCUGGUGUAAUUAGAUGUAAAAGAAAUCUUACGUUGAUCUCACGUCUUAGUCUCACCAAAAUUCAGAAGAACAAUAAAAUUCGAUGUGAAAUGCCGGCUCAGGGACUCGUGUGACUCGUCGUCAUGUCGCCCGCCUCUCAAGUUACCGAAAAUCAUCCACAGGGAAGGCGAGUUUGACAAGUUUUCAGAAGUUUGAUGGUGAAUUUGUAAUAAAUCUAAGUUUGACGGUCUGGUUCUGAAUUUCCAUCCCAAGUUCGGAAUUUUGAAUCCCGUGGAGGAGAGAGAGAGAGAGAGAGAGAGAGAGAGAGAGAGAAAGCGUAUCAUAUUCAUAAGUGGAGAAAGCCGAUUCUGGGAUCCGCGGGAAGCAGCUGGAGGAGAUCGAUUGCAAGGAGGACUCCGCCGGAGCAGGGUUUAGUCUUCUUCUGUCGGCGGCUGCAACCGGCGCCACUGCGGCACGCUUCUAUUACGCUCCGGCGAUCUUUGGUAGUAAGAGAGAAGGGCGGGAUUGAAAUUGAGGUUCCGCGGAGUCGGCGGCUUUCUUGUCGAACUCCGUUGGGCGUUACUGCUUGUCGGAGGGAAGAGAGCUGAGCUUGGAAAGGGAUUUGCUUAUACAAAUAGAAGCUUCGGGGGAGCGAGUUCGGUUGCAGAUCGAAAGGGGAGAAGGACGGAGCUGAUUGAGAGCGGCCAAGCAUCGCGGCCACUUUGAUUGGCCGUUCCUGGCGGUGGGUAAUUCUUCUCUGGCCUCAAUGCCCAAUCUAGCUUCAGUGCAUAUGUGAGCAGAUUUGGGUGUGAAUUGAUGGCCUGAUUUCCCCUGCUUAUUAUGAGAUCCAGCAACUGUUUGUGUUGAUCAAUCUGGAAGCGGAGCUCUGUUGUUUAAGUUGAUUUUGUGUGGUGAUGGGUACCCAAAGUUUCUGAUUACAUCCCUUCUUUUAGCACGGAGUUGAAAACUACCUGUGCUAAUCAAUAUGACAUCUCUUUCCAUUCCUGGAAACUGGGGUUUUUUCCAGAUUUCUGCCCAAUUUCUCAUUCCUUCUUGUUUUGGAAGUGAUAUAAGCUGAGUAUUUAGUUGCGAAGAAGCAUACUUUUCAGGACCCCUACUUUCUUUCCUUAUCGAUUCAGGAUUCAGUUAUGAGAAUUUUGUAUCAUGGACAUCUUACAUUUUUCUGAUUGGUGUUCAAUUCGUUCAUCAGCUCCGUGCCCUCUUCUUCCCCACUGCUGCUCUUUUGCUUCCAUUUUUGGUUUUUGUAAAAUUAGCUAAUUUUGAUGGUAGAUCCAUAUGCAUGUCGUGACUUGGUUUUGAGUUGUGAUGAUUUAUGAUAUGGUGGUGCCCUGAGUAUGUCAGCUCGCCUUCCAAAGCUCAUGCCUCAUAUGAUUGUUGCAAACUAUGACUAUUGCGUCAUAUAGGGAAUGCUCAAGUAAUCACAUUUGGUUUGAAUUGCAGAUCAGUACAAUGGCCUCGUAUGGCUUGAACAUGUUGAAUAGUACUGUAAAUUGGGUAACACAGGCUUUGGAUGCUCCUUCUGCUCGAGCAGUUGUUUUUGGAGUCCAUAUUGGAGGUGAUUGUUCUUUCCUUUUCCUUUUUCUCUUUAUCUCUUGCAGAUCCAUGCUAGUUAUGUUGUGGAAUUCAUAUGUGAUGUUUGGUUUCUUUUCCUGGUGCAGGUCAUUAUUUUGUUGAAGGACUUUUACUAGUUGUGAUCCUUUUCCUGCUCUCCCAGAAAAGUUACAAGCCACCUAAACGGCCUUUGACGAAAAAGGUUACUGUUGUUGUGGCUCUUUGCUUUUCGUUUCAUUCAAUUUAAGAUGGAGUUGUAAUUUCGAACUAAAUUUCUCUUUAACCUGCAGAAGAUGCAAUAUCAAGGAUGGCAUUUUAUACUCGUCAAAAUAUAAGAGAAUUAUAUGGGAUUGCUAACAUAAUGUAGUUUUGUUCAGGAAAUAGAUGAAUUGUGCGACGAUUGGGUUCCGGAGCCCCUGAUUCCUUCCAUUACUAAGGAGAUGGAAUACCAGCCACCAGUGCUGGAAAGGUUAGUGUACUUUUUGUCUUUGCAGAUCUGUUGACUCCUUUCAGAAUUACUCUUCUGAUGAUCUUUAUCGUUUCUUAACCUUUCAAUAUACUAUCUCCUGUAUCAUGUUAUUGAAGACUGCUCAUGGCUUUGCUAUGAUUUAAUAGAUCAAUAUUGUGGCA